UCCUCUCCAGCAUCCUUCGUUCACACUAGUCCUCUUAGAAAGCUCAAAGAAAUUCCUCCCACUUGAACUCAUUGCUUAUAUUGAUAAGUUUACAUGCAACUACCGCGUGUCCUGAGAAUGAAAGAGAGACUGAGUAUGCAUCCUAAAGUAUAUGAGGCAGCAAAGUCAGGAGACUUUCAUUCCCUGAUGACAACAAUUUCAGAAAAUGGAGAGGAUCUUUUCCACCAAACAACGCCAAAGGGGAACAAUAUUCUUCACGUUGCGGCUCAAUACAAGCAGGUAAAUUUCAUCCGAGAUAUUCUGCAACAUCAAUCAAGAUCGUCCCUUCUUUGGCAAGGUAACGACAGAGGAGACACUCCCUUACAUGUUGCUGCUAAAGUGGGAAACGACCAUGCGGUUCGAGUCUUCACGGAUUUGGCAAAAUCACUAGAUCAACCUGAUGCAUGCAAAAAGCUACUUGAGAGACAGAAUAAAAAGGAGGAUACCUCGCUGCACUAUGCAAUUAGAGGAGGUCACGAGUCGGUGGUUGAGUUGCUGAUUAAAGAAGAUCCUCACCUAUGUGAUAUUACUAAUGUUGUUGGUGAGUACCCGCUUUAUCUUGCAGCACAUCGAAGCCUUCCAAAUAUCAUUGAGCCGAUUUUACAGGCUUCCUCGUCGCCAUGCUCUCAUAAGGGCCCUAAGGGACUGACAGCUCUACAUGCCGCAGUGCACUCCUCACUAACAAUUUCGGAUAAAAUCUUGGAGAAGAGACCAGACGUGAUCAAUGAAGGAGAUGAUAUUGGAUGGACUCCUCUUCAUUAUGUUGCUUGCUUUGGAAAAGACAAUGCAGUUCGACGGCUCUUGAAACACGAUACUUCCGUGGCAUAUGGCUUAGACAAAGAGGGAGAUUCAGCUCUUCACAUUGCAGCGUUUCGAGGCCACAUCAAAGUCAUUGAUGAGGUCGUUACAGUUUGUCCUGAUGCUUGGGACAUCAUAAACAACAAAGGGCAAACGGCUCUUCAUGCAGCUGUCAUUGGAGGACAAGUAAAGGUAGUCAAGCACAUGAUAGGGAAGUCAAACCUGGAGGAUCUUAUCAACGAACAAGAUACUGAUGGAAACACGGCUCUACAUUUGGCCGUGCUUCAUAAAAAAUACAACAUCAUGUACAUACUCGCACAAGAUAAGAGGGUGGACCUUUUAGCCACAAAUAAGCAUCAUUUGACCGCCUAUCACAUUUUUUACGCUCACAAAGAGGUCGGCUACGCUGCCGCAAAAGGUUAUUACGUGUUGGGAAAAUUUGGUGAAUUCCCGUAUUUUCAACGCUGGGUUGUUAAAGAUGUUAAGAAGUGGCUAGACGAGCAAUAUGAUUUCUCUAUACCCACAGAAAGUAAUAUUGCCCACCAAGAAGAUUACGAUAUAUUUGCCAAGUUUCAAGUACUAGUGUCGGGGCUCAUAGCCACAGUUGCCUUCGGCGCGUCCUUGACGAUGCCCGGAGGUUAUAACAACGACAAUGGAAUGGCGAUUCUUGCUGGCAGGGCAGCUUUCCAAGCCUUUGUGAUAUUGAACUCUAUAGCGUUCGGUUUGUCAGUGCUGGCAUUAUCCUUACAAUACUUUGCUACUGCCAUAAGCGGUCGCCUAAGGGUAGGAUAUGCCAGCACCGCCGGACUUUGCACUUACAUGGCGGAGAUUGCGAUGAUACUAGCCUUUGCUUGUUGCACGUAUGUUGUAUUGCCCAGAACCAUCGGGCUCGGAAUCGUUUCUGUUGUUGGGUUUGGAUUAGGCCUGACUUUGUACCACAUCGGUCUUUUCCUUGACCCCGACCUAGAUUUUCUCGGGUCGUCAAAUAGCUCUCACAAAAGAUACGUCCGAAACUUAUUGUUUGAGUAUGGUAUUAUCUAGGAAAGUUGCUAACGAGUUGGGCCGAUUCUAUAGUCCCGUGACCUUCUGCACGGGAAUUUGUCAGCAGUCAAAGUAAACCAACUGUGGCCAUUCUCAAGAUGACAGGAGCGCAGCAAAGGCCAACAAGUUGAGACUUCUCCUGUACGUGAAGGAUGUCCAAGUCGAUUCCAUCACAGUUAACCAAAUAAA